AGCGCGGAUUCUAAGAGCGGCUCUGUCCUUGGCCCCGCCUGGACCGAUCGGGGGUGCCAGGAGGGGACGGAGCGCCCCCCUCCCACCGUAGUGCAGGGGCCACCCCCGGCCGGAGAUCGGCCUCGGAGCGUGGGGGGUAUGUGCAGCUAACGGUCCCGUCGGGCGGGCUUUCCUCUGGCCAAGAGCGCAGGAGGUGCGCCCCAGCUAUGGAGUGUCCCGGGAGACGGCGGGCAUGACGGCGACAGGAUGGGCGCGAACAAUGGCAAACAGUACGGCAGUGAGGGCAAAGGCAGCUCAAGCAUCUCAUCCGACGUGAGUUCAAGUACAGAUCAUACGCCGACCAAAGCCCAGAAGAAUGUGGCUACCAGUGAAGACUCCGACCUGAGCAUGCGCACACUGAGCACGCCCAGCCCAGCCCUGAUAUGUCCACCGAAUCUGCCAGGAUUUCAGAAUGGAAGGGGCUCGUCCACCUCCUCGUCGUCCAUCACCGGGGAGACGGUGGCCAUGGUCCACUCCCCACCCCCAACCCGCCUCACGCACCCACUCAUCCGGCUCGCCUCCAGACCCCAGAAGGAGCAGGCCAGCAUAGACCGGCUCCCGGACCAGUCCAUGGUGCAGAUCUUCUCCUUCCUGCCCACCAACCAGCUGUGCCGCUGCGCGCGCGUGUGCCGCCGCUGGUACAACCUGGCCUGGGACCCGCGCCUCUGGAGGACUAUUCGCCUGACGGGCGAGACCAUCAACGUGGACCGCGCCCUCAAGGUGCUAACCCGCAGACUCUGCCAGGACACCCCCAACGUCUGUCUCAUGCUGGAAACCGUCACUGUCAGUGGCUGCCGGCGGCUCACAGACCGAGGGCUUUACACCAUCGCCCAGUGCUGCCCCGAGCUGAGGCGUCUGGAGGUCUCAGGCUGUUACAAUAUCUCCAACGAGGCCGUGUUUGACGUGGUGUCCCUCUGCCCCAACCUGGAGCACCUGGACGUGUCAGGGUGCUCCAAAGUGACCUGCAUCAGCUUGACCCGGGAGGCCUCCAUUAAACUGUCCCCCUUGCAUGGCAAACAGAUUUCCAUCCGCUACCUGGACAUGACGGACUGCUUCGUGCUGGAGGACGAAGGGCUGCACACCAUCGCGGCGCACUGCACGCAGCUGACCCACCUGUACCUGCGCCGCUGCGUGCGCCUCACCGACGAGGGCCUCCGCUACCUGGUCAUCUACUGCACCUCCAUCAAGGAGCUGAGCGUCAGCGACUGCCGCUUCGUCAGCGACUUCGGCCUGCGGGAGAUCGCCAAGCUGGAGUCCCGCCUGCGGUACCUCAGCAUCGCCCACUGCGGCCGGGUCACCGACGUGGGCAUCCGCUACGUGGCCAAGUACUGCAGCAAGCUGCGCUACCUCAACGCGCGGGGCUGCGAGGGCAUCACGGACCACGGCGUGGAGUACCUCGCCAAGAACUGCACGAAACUCAAGUCUCUGGACAUAGGCAAAUGCCCUUUGGUAUCCGACACGGGCCUGGAGUGCCUGGCCCUGAACUGCUUCAACCUCAAGCGGCUCAGCCUCAAGUCCUGCGAGAGCAUCACCGGCCAGGGCUUGCAGAUCGUGGCCGCCAACUGCUUCGACCUCCAGAUGCUCAAUGUCCAGGACUGCGAGGUUUCCGUGGAGGCCCUGCGGUUUGUGAAACGCCACUGCAAGCGCUGCGUCAUCGAGCACACCAACCCGGCCUUCUUCUGAAGGGACAGCUUUCGUCCGGCGUUGUUUUCAUACAAACGUGAACGAAACAAAACGUUUUUUUUUUAAAAAAAAAAAAAAAAGCAGCAUAUGUACGCAUCGACAGCCACUCAUAACAGCUCUUUCCCCCAGGAAGAUUCUUAGGAAUCCGGCUUUUAUUUUUCCUAAUUUCUCAUGGGCAACAGAGGUUAAAGAAAUGAGGGGUGGGGGGAGGGUGGGAGACAAAUUUCUGUUACAGCAAACAGAUUUGUUUUUGGUCUGGUCAUUUGUAGGCAAUUUCUCUUCUCACAAAAGAUGUACCUCAGCAGGCUGAUUGCGGUGUCUUUAAAAAGGCAUCUUACUCCCCAUCCCACCUCAGCCCCUCCUCCUACAGCAGCAGCAACAGCAACAAGGCAUCAGAACAAUAAUGCCCUCCUGAUCUCCUCUUUAAACUGAUUGGCCUAAAUUACCUUCCUCAAUCCCACAUCCAAGCAAAUUCUGGUUAAGUAAAUCUCAUAGCGCUUUGCACGUACAAGUGCUUCCCAAACCUUUUUAUAAAUCCUUUAUGGCCAGCAGCAUGGUGGAAGAAGAGACCUCGUUUUUCCCCAGCUUUGCCACUGACUAGCUGUGUGACCUUGGCCAAAGCACUUCACCUCUCUGGGCUGCAACUUCCAGCACUGAAUCAGAGACCAUCCAGCUCAAAGAUUAGUUUCAUUCUCAUUUUAGAAUUGAGGGAACAGAGAUACUAAUAAACAGAAGCACCUUGGCACCGAGCACACAGGCAUC